AUGCUUCAGGUGACCAAUGACUGUUCAUCCAGCUUUGAGCGGAACAUUCCUGUUUUCAGAGAUUUAGAUAGCAACAAAAUUCGGCACUUGCAUUCUGGAUCAGUGAAGAUGAAGACUGAAAUGCUAAAUUUGGACUUUAAUCUUAUCAGAACUAUUGAAGGAAGAGCGUUUGAAGGGUCAGAGAUUGCAAAAUUGAGCUUAAAAGGGAACACGCAGCUCCAUUCAAUUCAUGAGGAUGCUUUCUCAGGGCUAAAGAAUGUGAGGACUCUAGACCUGUCUGAAACGAGCAUCAACUACCUGCCAGUGAAAGGUUUAGAAGAACUUGAUGUGCUGAAGCUCACCGAGGUAUAUCCUCUGAAAGUGUUCCCUUCGGUAUACCACUUCAAGUACAUCAAAGAAGCCUAUCUGACGUAUCCCUACCACUGUUGUGCAUUCAAGUUCCCAGCGACGCAUGAUCCGGAGGAAUUUUCAAAGUACAUCGACUUCAAGAAAAACAUGGAAAAUCUGUACUGCAGACAAAAUCCAAGCACAACGCCCACAACUUGGUUGGCUUUGGAUGCAGAAAAAAACGUCAGGCGAAAAAGACGGCUUCAUCAAAUAUUGGAGAAUUCCUUUGAGCCACCUAUUGAUAAAAUCGGAAAGUAUGCUCCAUUAGUGAAUUCCAGAACUUAUUAUUCAACGAAGGGAGAGAACCACGUGGGGACAAUUCAGUUUCCAAGACGUGGGGCUCAAGGCAGCCUGAGCUUUGUAAAAGAGCGUCAUAAGAAACAUAAAGGUCAUGUCAAACUUUUAAGAGGCGCAAGAAUGGUAAAGAGGAAUGAUUUCCAUUUUCGUGAACGAGGAGUUCUUGUAAGCAGAGACAGUCAAUCUAUUGCAGAAGAUAGGCAUGACUGGAUACGCAGAACGGCGGAGUGGGGAAGUAUUCCCAAGUCAGAAAUUAACAUUCACCAGCGACUGUUUUCCGUUUUCUGGUGCAAAUGGAUACUUUCAGGACUGACGCUAAAUGUCGGAUUUCUACUUCGCAACUGGAAUGGAGUUUUAGAUACUCCCUCUAAUGUCGAGUCCUCUACUGAGCUUGAAAAGGCAUGCAUGUUUCCUGCCUCGAGUGUCAACCAGAUAGAUCUUCCUUCGUCGACGGACUUUGUUGCUAUCGCAGCAGAACAGAAGUUGGAUACAGAGCUACGGAAACUUCUUGUUUGUACGGCGCCAGAAAACAGCCUCAACCUACAGCCCAUGCAGCUUAGCCAGGGCACAACUCUAUAUUGUGAUGUGCGAGAUGCAAGAGAGUUUUUCCAGCCCAUGGACACCAGCAUAGUCCUCGACCCUACCAAGUUUGUGCACAAGCUGAGAGACUGUAUGUCAUCCUUAAAGCCAGUGCCUACUAGUGCCCACUGCAAACGCAGUCCUUUUGUGCAGAAGGACUUGUUAACGUCGACUCAUGUGUUCCUUCGCAUUGACUCUCUACGAAAGUCUUUGGAGCCAACUUAUUCCGGUCCUCAUGAAGUGCUCGCUAGACAGGAAAAGACUUUUCGCAUAAAAAUCAACAACAAAGAGGCAGUUGAUAUUUUACUCAACAGCUCAGACGCAGAAGAAUUCUUUGGUAGCCAAUUAACAACGAAGAAAAGAAAACCCAAAAUGCAAAAGAAUUUUCCAGAAAAUCCCUUCAUGGAAGGCGUGUUCCACGGAACAACUGUUGCAGUCAUAUCGGAAUUCGAGUUACAAGCUUUUUGUGGCCAACUUGCCAAGAAUUAUCGCGAUGUCGAGUGCUACCCCACUCCAGAUGCAUUCAAUCCUUGUGAAGACGUUAUGGGCAACAUGAUGCUCAGGGCUUUCGUGUGGGUGGUUGUCGGGACCUCUAUUUUGGGCAAUGUGGCCGUUAUGGUGGUCCUCAUGAGUACUGGUGCUUGCAAAAGUGUGUCUAAGUUCCUGAUGUGCAACUUGGCUUUUGCUGACUUUUGCAUGGGAGUUUACUUGCUGUUGAUUGCAGCGAUGGAUUUGCACAGCAUGGGGACCUAUUUCAACUACGCAAUAGACUGGCAGCAUGGUAUAGGCUGCAAAAUUGCUGGAUUUUUGACAGUAUUUGCAACUGAACUUUCCAUCUAUACACUGACCGUAAUCUCGAUUGAACGCUGGUACGCCAUAACCUACGCAAUCAACCUCAGCAAGCGCCUGAAACUAAGGCGUGCUGCUAAAAUAAUGUCAGCAGGCUGGCUAUUUGCACUAACAAUGUCUUCUUUACCUCUCAUCAACGUGAACGGGUACUCUAGAACAAGCAUAUGUUUGCCCAUGAAGAGCGAAACUACAAGCGACAUAAUUUACCUGUUGAUUCUCUUGGGCACCAAUUCUCUGACAUUCAUCUUCAUUUUCUUCUGUUAUGGUAACAUGUACAUAUCAGUCAUACGACACCAGAGUCGUGCUACGGCCAAUGACAUGGCCGUUGCCAAGCGAAUGGCCAUGUUGGUCAUCACCGAUUUUCUUUGUUGGGCACCAGUUGCUUUUUUCGCCACGACAGCUGUUGCCGGAUAUCCGCUCAUUGACGUCACAAAGUCGAAGAUUCUGUUGGUGUUCUUUUAUCCUCUCAACUCGUGCGCCAACCCUUUCCUCUACGCCAUUUUCACCACCCAGUAUCGCCGUGAUUUUUUAAUCUUGCUCAAGCGCUGCGAGGGGUUCCUUGAACGGACGUCUAAAAACGAUAAAAAUUCCUCGUGCAAUGUCCCUCCUCUACAGUUUUCAAGCGAUAUAAAAUACUGGAAGAACUCCUGUUCGUCUCAUCUGUCCACUGAUAAUUCGAUGAAGGUGCUGAGGCCCAGCGACCUGAGCAGUCAACAGGAUGUCUUCUCAACUUCAGGUUGGGAGGAUCCGGAAGCUGGAGACGUCAUCCAGCUUUGGUCCUGCAUGAAAGAUUCCUCGUCCAGUGAUGACAGUGGACAGUGCUGCAAAAACUACAGCAGUAGUUCUCACAGCACAACAACGCAUAGAGGCUCGCCGCAUCCAGUCAAAAAUAGGUUUGUGCAUGUGGAUAGGACCAAUAUUCUUGAUGUUUGUGAUAUUCGUUCCACUUCGAUGUAA